AUGAGUGAAUUUGGAAUUCCAUCUCUUUGUGAAUAUUUCAUUUUGCAUGGUGCAGAUAUUAAAAGGGAUGGUGGAAAAGCAGCUUUUUAUGCAGCAAAGUUUAAUUGGAAAGAAAUACUCGAACUUCUUAUUUCACAUGGAUUAGAUAUCAAUUAUCAUUGUGCACUUUUUCAUGCCGUACAAUUUAAUCGUAAAGAAAUGGCUGAACUUCUCCUUGCAAAAGGCGCUAAUAUAAAUGAGAGAAGUUCUACAGGGCAUACACCCAUUCUUAGGGCUGUAGAGCGUAAUAAUAACGAAAUGAUUGAUUUUCUUUAUUUACAUGGUGCUGAUAUCAAUGUAUACGAUAAGGAUGGAAGAGGUGUUCUCUAUUAUGCAGCAAAAACUAAAAAUGUUGAGAAAGCAGAAAUUUUCAUAUCACAUGGUCUAGAUCUAAAUAAAGAUCCCUCAAAAUUGAUCGAACCUCUUUUCCUUGCAGUGAAAAAUAAUCUCCCAAGAAUAGUAGAACUUCUGAUUUCACACGGUGUAAAUAUAAACGCUGAAAAUAAAAAGGGUAAAAUACCUCUUCAUUAUGCAAUAAAGAAUGAUAGCGUCAGCAUAGCAGAACUUCUUAUUUCCCAUGGAGUUGAUUUCAAUGCAAUAACUUAUAAUGAUCAAACAUUUCUUCAAUAUGCAGUAGAACAUCAUGGUUAUGAAGUUCCAAAACUUCUUAUUUCACGUGGUUCUGACAUUCACCAAAUUGAUAGUGAUGGCAAAACGCUUCUUCACCUCGCGGAAAGAAGCGAUAACGAAAAAAUAGCUGAAUAUCUUAUUUCUCUUGGAUUAGAUGUCAAUGUAAAAGAUAAAUCCGGACAAACUGCUCUCCAUGAAGCAGCAUAUAAUGGUUCCAUAGCUGUACCAAAAUUACUUAUAUCACAUGGCAUUGAUAUUGAAGCAAAGGAUAAUUCCGGCAAAACAGCACUAUAUCUUGCAAAAGAACGUAGAUUAUUUGGUACAGAAUCUCUAAUCGAAUUACUUGAAUCCCAUGGAUCUCAUGUUGAUGACAGUGAAAUAGAACUAAUUGAACCACCUGUGUAUCUAGAUGGGGUUCCAGACAUGUUUGAUUUUUAA